AUGGCGACCGGUGAGAGGCGAUCAAAUCUCAGGUUGCUCAGGACGUCAUUGAUUCUGGACCAAGGCGACACACGCACGACUCGCCAUGGAGACUGUCUCAGACUGUGUACUUACAACGCGAGAACAGUUUCCACAGACGCUGACCUGCAUGCCCUUCUCGGAGCUGCAGAGCGUAUCAAAUUUCACGUGAUUGCUCUGCAGGAGGCCAAGUGCAGAAGGAGCGACGUACGACAGAUGAAUGACGGUACACUCGCCAUUCGUGGAGAGAAGGUUCCGUCACAAAAUGUAGGCGGCGUUGGUUUUGUUGUUCACCUAUCUGUCGUCCAUCUCGUCGAUUCUCACGAGAUCCUGUCACCUCGUCUGGCCAUUCUUCGCCUCCGCCCUCUGCGCCAAAAAUCCAUCAGUAUCAUCAACUGCUAUUCACCAACAUCAGCAGCUGAUGAAUUCUGA